GAUGGCUCCAGAGGUAGUGAUGUGUGAGACCAUGAAGGAUGCGCCAUAUGAUUACAAGGCAGAUAUCUGGUCGUUGGGAAUAACACUCAUUGAAAUGGCACAGAUCGAACCACCUCAUCAUGAGCUGAACCCAAUGCGAGUUCUCCUGAAGAUUGCAAAGUCAGAACCACCAACACUUUCAGCUCCUUCUAAAUGGUCUUUGGCGUUUCGAGAUUUCCUGAGAAAAGCUCUGGAUAAAAAUCCUGAGACCAGACCAAGUGCAGCUCAACUUCUUGAGCAUCCCUUUGUAAGUAAAGUUUCCAGUAACAAAGCUCUGCGGGAGCUGGUAGCUGAAGCAAAGGCUGAAGUGUUGGAUGAAAUAGAAGAGAACGGGGAACUGGAAGAGGAGGAUUCUCCGGACCAUCUCUCUCCUCCUGCGGAUAGCAAGAAUGCAACUGAAGUUAUCGGACAAUACACUAAGGAGGGUGAAAAGACCAAGGAACAUAUUAAAGAACCUGUAAAAAAUGGGUUAAAACCACCUACCCAGAUGACUAUACAUCCGUCAGAUAUCCAGAUUGACCAGUGUACAGACCCUGGACGUAAUAGCAAAGAGGUGCCCAAAAACUCAUUGGAAGACAAUGUACAAAAUCUUCAAGGUGAAGUGAAUGGGAAACCUGAUAUAAUCAUCAUGAACCCACUCAUUAACAACAUGGGCUCAUACAGAAAUUCUGUCGGAGAAAAAUACAACCAAAACCGAGAGGAUGACCAUGAAUUGGGACUUUCCACAAGCCUCAGGCCAAAGAGCGUCCAUUCCGACUGUCCAUCUAGUGACAAUUUGCCCAAUGGAAGCUUGGACUCACCUGCCCGUUUCUUUAGUGUCAGAUCUAAGAGAGAUUCAGAUUCAGGCAGCACCUCUGCUUCUGAUAGUAUGGACAUAAGUAUGAAUUUGUCUGCAGAUUUAUCUCUUAAUAAAGAGACGGGAUCGCUAUCGCUCAGGGAAUCCCGCCUUCACAACAAGACAUUGAAACGGACGAGGAGGUAUGUGGUUGAUGGCGUAGAAGUAAGCAUCACUACCUCAAAGAUCAUUAGUGAGGAUGAGAAAAAAGAUGAGGAAAUGCGCUUCCUGAGGCGCCAGGAACUGCGUGAGUUGAGGUUACUUCAAAAGGAGGAGCAUAGAAACCAAUCUCAGCUUAAUGCUAAACACAUAAUGCAGCAGGAGCAGAUGGGGCGUCGCUUUGAGCAAGAGAUGCAUGCUAAGAAGAAGUUUUAUGAUUCAGAGUUGGAAACACUUGAACGGCAGCAGAAACAGCAGAUUGAGAGGAUGGAGCAAGACCAUGCUGUGCGCAGAAGAGAUGAGGCUAAACGUAUCCGAACUGAACAAGAGAGAGAUUAUGCAAAAUUCAUGGAACAUCUCAAACUGCUCAAAAAGGAGGUAAAAUCUGCAGUAGAAAAACUUCCAAGGCAGCAGCGCAAGGAGAACAUGAAGCUGAAGAUGGAUGAGUUUGCUCAUAGAAAGCAGGCAGAGGAGCAACACUUCCUAAACAAGCAGAAGGAGGAUUUGUCUUUUGCCAUGAGAACAAUCAUUUUGGAGAAUAAGAAGGAGAUAUAUGAAAAGGAGCGCGAGUUUCUUACCAGAAAACAGCAGCUUAUAAGAGACAAGGAGGCUGUUAUUUGGGAACUAGAAGAGCGCCACCUACAGGAGAGACACCAGCUAAUGAAACAGCAGCUCAAAGACCAAUAUUUCUUACAACGUCAUGAGCUUCUGAGAAAACAUGAGAAGGAGCAAGAACAGAUGCAACGUUAUAACCAGCGCAUGAUAGAGCAGCUACGACUACGGCAACAGCAGGAAAAGACACGUCUGCCAAAAGUCCAGAGAGGUGAAGCAAAGACUCGGAUGGCCAUGUAUAAGAAGAGCCUCCACCUCGGUUCCAGUGGAAGUGCUGCAGAGCAGAGGGAAAAGAUAAAACAGGUAAACAACCGGAAAUUCCACUCUCACCUCGUAGACCCUAUGGAUCUGUGCAGGAGGACAGACAGCUUACAUCCGUUUCUCUUAGUAAAAGAAAGGCAGGUAUCCAACUGCAAAUAUGAAAAAUGUCCCGAUAUGGCCAAACAAAUGGCGUUCACUUUGAAGGUGGUGUUGCUUCAAAGAGGCAAAAUGCAAAUCAGCCAACAAGAAAGGAGGGUUGAAGCAGCAACGAAAGUACGUGAAAAUUAA